GCAGCGCGGCCGCCCUCGGGCUCGGCAGCGGGGCCGAGCGGCGCCCGGGAUGUUCAACCGGGCCGUGAGCCGCCUCAGCAGGAAGCGGCCGCCCUCAGAGAUAAAUGACAGCGAGGGCCACCCAAGCAGCAGCCACCAGGCCUUGAAAGGAACCUCAAAAUGGGCAACGUCACUGGAGAGCCUCCUCGAGGACCCCGAGGGAGUGMAACGCUUUAGGGAAUUUUUAAAGAAAGAAUUCAGUGAAGAAAACGUUUUGUUCUGGCUAGCAUGUGAAGAAUUUAAGAAAACACAGGGGAAAAAGCAGAUGCAAGAGAAAGCUAAAGAAAUCUACAUGACCUUCCUGUCCAGUAAAGCUUCUUCCCAAGUCAACGUGGAAGGGCAGUCCCGUCUGAGUGAGACCAUCCUGGAGACACCUCACCCUCUCAUGUUUCAGAAGCUCCAGGACCAGAUAUUCAAYCUCAUGAAAUACGACAGCUACAGCCGCUUCCUSAAGUCAGACAUAUUCCUAAACCACAAGAAGAGUGAGGAGCAAGAGGAGAACUCAGCAGAGGCUCAGACUGCAGCCAAAAGAGCAUCAAGAAUUUACAACACAUGAGACACCCUGGAUCUCUUCAGGAGAGGCAAUACAACAAGGAAAUUACACUCAGGAACAAUCUAGGUUUAUAGCAGUUGCAUUUAGGGCUUGGAAAGCUCAAAACCUUUUUAGGAGAUACUUACCUUCUUAAUUGCUYGAAUGACUAAUUGUUUUUGCAUGAUAGCUAUUAACCAGGACUGUUUCCUAGCCAAAAGGCUGAGGUAUUCCUCCACAGCAUGAAUUGCCUUCCAUAKUUCACAAGUUAAAAUGCUUUCAGUUCUUGUAUUUUCUUUUGUGAGGAAUGGGAGACAGCGUGGUUGGGUUUUUAUUUUUGCCUUGUAAUUUUUAUUUGUGACUAGCUUUUACAUCCUGAACUGCUGGGAGAAGCUACUGAGGAGAACAUUUCUCAUUAGCUCGUGGGUGAGUCAUUCAUAGCAAAUUUAAUCAUAAAGGGACAGCAUUUUUCAGGGUUCAGCUCAGUAGAAUCCAAUUCCUUCCUGUGUAAUUUUGUUCUUUCAGGGUGAUCUGUUUUGCUUUGCCUUUAUUACUGAACCAAAACACUUCCCUGGUCACGAUUUUCAUUUUUGCAUCUYCUUAAUUUCCCCCUUUUUCAAAAUUUUGCAGUAGACAAUCAAUCACCUCCUUGAGAGGAUGGGAUAACCUCUGUUCCCUUGGGAACAAAAGCUUGAAAAGAGACAGAAUCUCUGAAGAGCUCCUGACUGCCUUUAGGAAAAGUGACAGCAAAUAUCCCAAAAUAUCCCACUCAGGGCACACUGAUCUGAGCAAAGCUCCCUCCUGUCAGGGUGACAUCAGAUGCUGCUAUCAGGAAACAUCUGAUCCCUCCCAGGUUUCCUGAACAAUCCUGCCCUGUGCAGCAGCAGUGCUUUGGCAAAGGACCAAAAAACCAAAUCUGGUUUUGUUUUACUCAUUUUUUUCCCUGCUGAGCUUUGUUUGCCCCUCAGAAGUAUUUCAGGGUUUCCUCAUUGCGACUUUGGAGAGCUGCAGUGGAACAGGGAGUUGGUUUGGGGGUUUAGCCAUUCUCACAUCUUGACAGGAAGGGGAAUUUAUUUCAUUUUAUCUCAGUCAGAGAUAAAAUGUCAGGCUGGUAAAGGAAGGUGCUCCCAGUGAACUUUCCACAUCGUCCUGGGAAUGUGUCAGCCCUKCAAAGCACAUUUUUGGCCCACAGUUUUUCGUGUGUUCAUAUAUUUUUUGAUGAAUUCACUGCAGCCUUACUAAACUGCAGUUUAAGCUGGGAAAGUGUAUUUAGUUCCUYGCUCUAUUUACAAGCUUUGCAGCUGUAGUCUGGCUGUUUCCCACUCAUUAUUUACUCUUCCAUUUUUUGCACUGCUUUUCUUGAACUUUUGUUUAUGUGCUGGCUAAUCUAAAUGCACAGUUAGCUUUUGAACAUUUUGUACUUUUUUUUUUUUUUUUGUCAGAAAGGCCAGAUAUGUUUCAUACAUUGCUGUCACUAUCAAUGUUUAAAAUCUUAGUCUAGUUUGCAAUUUUGAGAAUGCAAACUCACUUGUAGACUUGAUGAUUUCCUUUAACUCUGAGCCACUCUUGCAGGCAUUGUGUAAAGAAAAUUGUUUCCUUGGGCUUUUUCCUCAUUAGGUGUAAAAGUGGGGAUGGAAGUUGUGGUUCUUCCCCCAGAGCUCCGUGCCCUGUUCAUUUUUAGGAAAUCAGAGAAGAGGUCAGUGCCUCCACAUGCAUGUUGUAAGGUGUAAUUCUUAUGCACUGAGUUAAAGCUCUUUUUAUGCUCUUGGAAGAUUUAAUGGUGAAGUCMUAUUACUUCAGGCACUUUCAGUGGUAUUUGACCUCCUGCUUAAGCUGUAUCUCAAUGUUUUACUGAAUAAGAAUGAACUAAACAUGUGCAUGAAUCUUUUUUUAUUWUUUUUUUUUUUCUGAUGGGGCCAAGGAAAUGGGACCAUCCAGUUCUGGACUUGCCAACAAAUCGUAAUCUCAGGAUUACUUCUUUUGAAAAUCCACUGUAAUAGCAAACUCUUAAUGCCUGCCACAGCAGAGGACAGAACUUCUGAUAGCAUUGAAGCCCUUGGGAAUGGGCAGCUUAACCAGUUUAGGCCUUGGGAUUUGUUUUUUUUUUUCCCCCAGUGCUUGCUGCAGAAGUCUUGGUGAUAUUGAAAAAAUCAGCAUGGGGACGUUCAUGGGAAAAAUGCAGAACGAGCUCUUACCACAUUCAUCACAUGGAUGCACAGUAGAUUCAUUUUUAAUCAUAUUGAUUUUAAAAAUGCACGAGAGAGGGACAAGAGUCUAUGAUUAUCAUGUUUUAAAACAGUGAUAAUAAAAAAUGAAACCAGGAGCCGUAUGGACAAAGGUAGGGCAUUAAAGAGAGAAAAUAAGYUUGUAGCUGCUUGUAAACAAAAUUUUCUUUGGCAAUAUGUUCCCUAUCAGGUACUGUCUUUGUUUAUCAAGAGCAAAUGCCCCAYACSAGUAGACACAAAGGUGCUUUACACYGCCACAAAAAAGACARAAGUUACCCAAAUGGAAAUGUAUUUUUUAGCAGCAUCUCAAUGCCUAUGAUAUUUAUUUCAAUACCUAUUAUGUUUCUAAUCUAAUGUACCCUAACCCACAAAAUUUUGGACCUUGGGGUUGCACUUUUACCUCAGAGGUAAAAAGUUGUUUGGGCUGUUGUCUUUGUGGUGUCUGGGUUGGUUUUUUUUUUUUUUUUUUUAGGACACCAAGUAAACUUGCAAGGUGCAGAAAGCAAAGAUGUUUUUUCUAUUCAUUAGAUUAUCUGUAUUUUGCAGUAAAAGUGCAACCAAAUUAAAACCAUGCAAGGAAAUGUCUGCAAUAACAACACAUGGAUAUGUGGGGAAAGUUGGUGUUAUCACAAACUUAUUUCUGGAAAUAGGUGACACUUGCUCCACGUGGCACAGAACAAAUCCCAAAACAGAAGAAGAAGGGUUUCCCUGUGAGUAAAUCCUGCAUUACAGGAAAAGCUGUGAGCAUUGCAUCAAACCCCAGAGUGGAUCAGUGUAGAGAUUAAAGAUAGGAUCUGCUCCUCUCACAGAGCUCACACCGAGGGCAUGAGCACACAGAACAAGCAAGAGAACUCCCAUGCCUGACUGCAUGCCUUAAACUCUACCCUAUUUUGUGUUUCUCAGCUAAAAAAUAAAAAUAUYCU